AUGCGAGAGGCCACAGUUGACAAGCCGUCAGUUGCAGAAGAACCACCUGCAGAAAAUAUAAAUGAUGCGAAUCAACAAUCCCAGGAAAAGACAGAGGCCCAAAGAAAUGAAGAUCUUGACAAUCAAAGAGAGAUUUCUGACACCAACUCAAAGCAAGAAUUUGUUCCAGAAGAAUUUGAACCUUUCUUCAUGGAACCAAAAGAUCAAGACUUAAAGAUAGAUUUUGAAUUUAGUUACCUUCCGCCAGCAAUGUUUCUACCUGAACAAAGUUAUACUUCUCGAAGAGCCUACCAAAUGUUCAGUAAGUAUUAUAAUUACAUCGACAAUAUCGACAAGCUACUGGAUCACACACUCCAAAAUAUUAUUAACAAUUCCAAGAAUCCAGGAGAUAAUACAACUGAUCAAGAUGCACCACCAGAAGAUGCCCCAGUUCGAGCACUCGUCAGGUAUUUGCUAAGUGAAACAAUGCAAAAAGAAAUGGAUCGAUUUCUUGCUGAUCUGUAA